UGGUUGCAGAAACCCCCCCGUGUGUGUGUGCCCACCCUCUCCUCCAUUAAUACUCCCACACCUCUCUCUCCCUAUCCUCUUUAACAACUCACACCUCUACAUACACCUCUACAUAUAUACUCUGUAUCUCCGCCUCCGUGUAUAUAUUUAUAUAUACACACACAUCUCUCUACACAUGGUACACCUUCUCACCGGCAACCCAAUGGCGUCGCCGACAACGACAUCUUUCUCCUCCGCCGUCUCCACGGCGGCCACCAUCCUCGCCGCCGCCGCAGCCUCCGUCAUCUUCGUCAUCCUCCGACGCGUCCGUUACCGGCGACUGGGGCUGCCACCGGGGAAUCUUGGACUGCCGUUGAUCGGAGAGACGCUGCAGCUGAUCGGAGCCUACAAGACGGAGAACCCCGAGCCGUUCAUCGACGAGAGGGUAAAGCGGUUCGGACCGGUUUUCACGACACACGUGUUCGGAGAACCGACGGUUUUCUCGGCGGACCCGGAGACGAACCGGUUCGUGCUGCAGAACGAAGGGAAACUGUUCGAGUCUUCGUACCCGGCGUCGAUAUGUAACUUGCUGGGGAAACACUCUUUGCUUCUGAUGAAAGGCGGACUGCACAAACGGAUGCAUUCUCUAACCAUGAGCUUCGCUAAUUCGUCGAUUAUCAAGGACCAUCUCAUGGUCGACAUCGACCGGUUAGUCCGGUUUAAUAUGGAUUCUUGGACCGGUCGUAUUCUUCUCAUGGAGGAAGCCAAGAAGAUAACAUUCGAGCUGACGGUGAAGCAGAUGAUGAGCUUUGAUCCAGGGGAGUGGAGUGAGAGACUAAGGAAAGAGUAUCUUCUCGUCAUCGAAGGCUUCUUCACUCUCCCUCUCCCUCUCUUCUCCACCACAUACCGCAAAGCCAUCAAAGCGAGGGGGAAGGUGGCGGAGGAGCUGACGGUGGUGGUGCGGCGGAGGAGAGCGGCGGAGGAAACGAAGAAAGAUAUGUUAGGGGCGUUGCUUGCGGCGGAGGAUGGGUUUUCCGACGAAGAGAUCGUCGAUUUCUUGGUGGCUCUGUUAGUCGCCGGCUACGAAACCACCUCCACGAUCAUGACCCUCGCCGUCAAAUUCCUCACGGAGACUCCUCUUGCUCUUUCCCAGCUCAAGGAGGAGCACGAGGAGAUUAGGGGGAAGAAGAUGGAAUCAGAGAGUCUACAAUGGAGCGAUUACAAAUCAAUGCCAUUCACCCAAUGUGUCGUUAACGAGACAUUACGAGUGGCUAACAUUAUAAGCGGCGUCUUCAGACGAACAACGACCGAUGUCGAGAUCAAAGGUUAUACGAUUCCGAAAGGUUGGAAGGUGUUUUCGUCGUUUAGAGCAGUUCAUCUCGACCCGAGUCAUUUCAAAGACGCUCGGAGUUUCAACCCAUGGCGAUGGAAGAGCGACUCGGUGACGACGAGCCCUUACAACGUAUUCACACCCUUUGGAGGAGGGCCGAGGCUUUGUCCCGGUUACGAGCUAGCUAGGGUUGAACUCUCGAUUUUCCUUCACCACCUCGUGACCCGGUUCAGUUGGGUUCCGGCAGAGGAAGAUAAGCUGGUUUUCUUCCCGACCACGCGGACGCAGAAGCGGUAUCCCAUCAUCGUGCAGCAUAGAGAUCGCUCCUAGGCGACUUUGAUGAAACGAUAGAGCAGCGUUUUUUCCGGAUUUAGGUUCGUUCUUCCUAGAGAUUGGAUAAGAGAGAUACAAUAAGAGAUGCUUACUAUAUUGAAAAUCGAAAUAUAUAUAUAAAGCCUAAGCCUGUGAAUAGAA